AAUAGCACUAAAUCCCUCCAACACCAAACCUAAAAGAAACGCGGAGAAGCUGCCACCAAAUCCCCCCAAAAAAAUUAGGAAGCAGAAAGAGAGAGAUUGAGGGUGGUGGAGGUUGUUGAAAGAUUGAAAUAAUUUCCAUUCCACAGGUGUGGGAACUCUAUUCUCCCUAACAAACAAUCAUCAACAUAUGCUGCUUCCUCUCAUCUCAUUCUCUCUCUCUCUUUCUCUCCUCUUAUUAUUAGUCUUUUCCACUUCUUCCAUUCUUCUUCCUCACGCUAAGGUUUUUUUCUUUCUCUAAUCUUUCUCCUCUUUUUUCGUUAUUCCGUAACUUAAUAUAAGAUAACGAUUUUGCGAAUUUUAUUCGCAUUCUGUUGAUUGCCGCGAAACUUCUGCUAAAGCGAUGCCGACUUUUACUGCGAUAGCAUUUGAUAGGUUAAUAGAACCUGGAGCUUCUAGGGCUGGACAGAGAUCUGCUUCCACCUCCGUGCCGGUUCCUACUACGAAGAAGCUCGAGGGGAAGAGCAGUGAACGAACUGAUCGAAAGAAGGUGCCUCCUCGUCCUCAAUUAAAGCCGUCACUCUAUGCUACUCCUGAGGUGACGCAGCUUCCGGAUUCGCCGCUUCAUAAUUCGCCAUCUUCGUUUCCGCCUUCUCCUUACAUUAUUAAUCAUAAACGGCGUGGGCCGCGCUUGCUUAAGAGUUUCUCUGAGGCUAAUGUACAGGCAAAGCAGGAGGUGAAUGACGAGGGAAAUGUUAAUGGGAAGAGCUCUGAUACUGUGGUUUCUAGUUCAGCUGGUGACCUCCAAGUUACUUUCGUGAACCCUGAAAAUGUUAAGGAGGAAAAAGAUAAUGGUGUACAGGAGACUGAACUUAGUAGCAGCAGUGGUGGCGAUGUUGGGCAUGGGCAGAAAGAAAAUGAAAUUAGUAGUGAUGCUAAUGGAAUGCAUGUUGAAAAGGUAGAGGUGUUGAAAUUGGAAAAAGAUAGUGAGAAUGAAGACUUUUUUGAUCUAAAUGAUUCUAUGAGCUUGGCAAGUUACACCGAUGGAGAGGAUAAUACAGGCACAGCACGCUCUGCAAAGUUUAGCACUCACGGAGUGGAGUUUUUUGACGCUUGGGAAGAACUCUCUUCUGAGGGUGGGACUCAAUGUUCUCUACGUGAUGUUGAUGCUGAAUUGCGUGAAAUAAGGUUGAGUCUAUUGAUGGAGAUAGAGAAGCGAAAGGAAGUGGAAGAAUCUCUUAAAAGCAUGCAAAGCCAGUGGGAGAGAAUCAGACAAGGGCUUUCUCUUGUUGGAAUUGUUUUACCUGCAGAUCUUACUGCUUUUGCGGAAGGUAGGCAACUGAAUUCUGAUCCCGUGGAUGAUAUAUGUCAGCAGGUUUACAUUGCCAGGUUCAUAUCAAACACCAUUGGGAAAGGAACUGCCAGGGCUGAGAUGGAGGCAGAGAUGGAAGCCCAAUUAGACUCAAAGAACUUUGAGAUUUCUCGAUUAUUGGAACGCCUUCAUUAUUAUGAGACCAUGAAUAGGGAGAUGUCUCAGAGAAACCAAGAGGCAGUAGAGAUGGCACGGCGUGAGAGACAGAGAAAGACUAGAAGGCAGAGAUGGGUCUGGGGCUCUAUUACUACUGCCAUUGUACUUGGUAGUACAGCAAUAGCAUGGUCUUAUCUCCCAUCAAGUAAAGGAUCAACAUCUGCAGACCAUGAUCAGGUUUCCGAACACGAUGAUGGAGCCAAGUAAUAUUCCACCAACUCUAACUUUGCCUAGUAAUGGUAGGAGAGGAGAAUAAAAGUUUUACAUGCUACUAUUGUGGCUUACACAUAUCAUACUUGAACAACUACAAUUUUGCGGCAUUUUGAGUAUGUGCAUAAUAUAUUGGGCCGUUUAGUUCAAUAACUUUGCCUUCCAGGGCAAAAGUCUAGAUGGUUGAUUAGUAAAAUGGUACAGUCCAUAUUGAUAAAGAUAAUACCCUAUAGUUUUUUCUUACCUUGGCAUCUGAUACAUUUCAGAGCACAUAUAAAUUCUUUAUGCUUGCUUCUCCAAGCAUUCUAAUACAGCAGAAGAAAUUUGAUACCUAGUGUUAUUAAUAAAUGAAAUCUGGUCAAAGAUGGUUGCACAACCUGGUAGAAUCUGGUUUCUAAUCUGGUGUGAUUGUGCCACAUUUCACUUGUUUGUGUUACCUGAUGAAAAAGCAAUUCGUUAACUCUGGAGGUAUGACCAUGUUUCCCAAGCAAUGAUGCGGCCCCUUUUCAUAUUGAAAUAAAAUGCUGCUGAUUGUAAUAUUUUUAUUUCGUAUUUAUUGUAAUGCCGUAGCAAAUUACAUUUUUUUGGGGAUGAUUUUACAAAUCCCGUAACUGAAAAAAGUUUUCAUGGUUUAACUUUUGAG